GGAACAUUCGUUUGACCGAUCUCCGGCUGGAUUUUUGAUGGUUUUGGCAGAGUGCAAUAUUUUGCGAAAGACAAUGCUUCUUUUACUAAGUAUUUACUUACAGCAACGCCAUUGAUACCACACUCUCGAGUGAUUUAAUUCAAAGUCCGACAGAAUUAUAUUUUUGAUACCUCGAUCAUUCCGCCCAAGGAUCAAUACAAGCCGCCAACGGUCCUCAAGUUUACAUACUGCCAUCUCAAUUUCCCCGAUCUCCAAUUUCUAAUCCACAAUGUCUGGUCCUCAAGACGCGCAACUUUUCGACGAGCACUUCACCGUCAACGAAUUGGACCAUAAGAAAUAUGUACGAGUAGGACGCAUCAAGGCCACCUCCACGGUCGACCAUUCCGUGUCGAUGCUUUUGGAUAUCAAUACCGAGCUAUUCCCCUUAGCCGUCGGCGACAACAUUCGCGUUGUGCUUGCGACAUCUCUGAAUUUGGAUGGCACAAAGGAUGACGGAAAGGGAUGGAGAGAUGCUAACCGCAUGGGAUUGGGGGGUGAGGCCUCGCUUGCGGAUAUGUUUGAUUAUGUUUGUCAUGGGAAGAUUUACAAGUUUGAGGAUCAGGAGAACAGUGAUCUUAUUAAGGCAUACAUCUCCUUCGGCGGAUUGUUAAUGGGAUUGGAGGGUCCUUACAAGAAGCUUACACCUUUAAGAGUCGACUAUGUCUAUCUUCUCGUCAAGAAAUAGAUAGACUAGGAAAAUCGCCCGGGAAACUGUCUGGGGAACCAAAAAUGAAUAGAUGAAAGGACUCGCUAUCUAUGUUGUAGUGAAAUCUUGUGAGGAAUCUGGCAGACGAAAAUCGACAGUUACA